GGAGAACGCCGAUCCAAAGGUUACACUGACAGCAAGUGCUGGGUGACUCCCAACUCAAGCUCAAGCUCUAGUGCGGGCCGGGCAGCGGUCGUGAUUCGUGACUCGGUAGUCACUCUUGACAGGUAGAAUUUGAAGGGGGCCAUCAUGAAUGUCUGGCAGAUAUUCACAACUGGAUUGUUACUGCUGAGUGCUUGUGCAGCCUCAGAACAGUGCACAAAUUCAGAGAAUGGAGCAGCCAAGGCUGGUGACUCCUGUGGAUGUGGUGCUACCAGUAGAAAGACAUCAACAGCUUCAGCGGAUUCAAUCAAAACCUCCUCAAUGGAAGUUGAAAACAAUGAAGAAUCUCCAAGUUAUAAGUAUGGUGAAGAGGCUAAUGCAAAUCAAGGUCUACCUCGCACUAAUCAAAUGGUUCAUAUUCCUGGAGGCAAGUUUGUGAUGGGCACAAAUGAUCCGGUGUUUACAGCUGAUGGGGAGCAGCCAGCAAGAUGGGUGGAAAUAGAUGGUUUCUAUAUGGAUGUUUAUGAAGUUUCAAAUGCAGAAUUUCAGUUGUUUGUGCUUGCAAAUGACUAUGUUACAGAGGCAGAAAAGUUUGGUGAUUCAUUUGUCCUUGAUGGAGAAUUAUCAGAAGAUGUCAGAUCCACUCUUCAGAAUGCUGUUGCUGCUGCUCCUUGGUGGGUUCCAGUCAGGGGGGCUGACUGGAGGCAUCCUGAGGGACCAGACUCAAACAUUUCUGAACGGAUGGAUCACCCUGUUGUGCAUGUGUCAUGGAACGAUGCUGUUUCUUACUGCAAAUGGAUGAAAAAGCGCCUUCCUACAGAAGCUGAGUGGGAGCGUGCAUGUCGGGCUGGAAAGCAAGAUAGAUUAUAUCCUUGGGGGAAUAAGUUUACUCCAAAUGAAAAACACAGAGCAAACACUUGGCAAGGAAAUUUCCCUACUACAAACACAGGGGAAGAUGGUUAUCUUGGCCGUUGUCCAGUCACUGCCUUCCCAUUCAAUGGCUAUGGCCUGCACAACAUAAUAGGCAAUGUUUGGGAGUGGACAGCUGAUUGGUGGCGUGUGAAUCACUCUCCAAGCUUGCAGAAGAAUCCAGUGGGACCACAAACUGGAAGUGACAAGGUGAAGAAGGGUGGCUCUUACAUGUGUACAAAGGAAUACUGCUACAGGUACAGAUGUGCUGCCAGAAGCCAGAACACUCCCGACAGUUCUGCUGGCAAUUUGGGAUUUCGAUGUGCUGCUUCUAGUCUUCCUGAAUAUCUUUAUGAUAAAGAAUAAAGGGAACAUUAAAUACAAUAUACAAUACAGUAUCCGGUCAUGUCAUCCGAGGGGGCCCAGUGUGGGGGAGCAGGGGUGAUGACGUCAUCCACGCCACACCUCCUCGCCACUCACACUACCGACUUUAACUUGAUCACCCUUGGAGCCUGUUAUCUCUUCCCCCGCCCUUUUUUUUUUUAACUGCAUUACAUAUUACUUACAUGCAUUACUAAUUAGAUGAAUAAAUGAAAUAUUAAAGGGUCUAUUGUAAGCACAAAUAUAUUCAUAAUAACCAUGGCAAACUCUUAAAGCCUGCUACCAGCGGCAAACCAUGCAGCAACUGAUAAAGGGCACAGAUGGGCCUGGCAAGCCCACUAUCGGAGAAUGGUGAAAGUCGUAUAACAUCAAGCACGCCUUAGAUAACAUCAAGUCAUCUUGGGACA